CACUUUUAAACAUGGCCGCAUGUUGAAUGAAACGAUUUUCUUUACUGUUUGCCAAAUAAACUUUUAUUUUUACAUUAGUUACAUGUAUAAUUUUAUCAGCGUAUUGAACUAAAAUAUAAUAUUAUACGUCUCGACGCGAUUACAAAGAUGAUGCAUCAUCCGAAUAUGCACCAUCAACCGAUGUCGGGACAUCCGCCCCAGCAUCUUCCGACCCACCAAGGCAUGCCUGCACAUCAUCAGAUGCCGCCGCAUCAAAUACACAGAGAGAACAGGCACGUAACAUUAACUAGAGUGACACUGGGUCCGUCAGCGGCGGGAGGUAGCAUGGGUGGGCAUGGUCAGAUGAGCGGCAUGGGGACCAUGACCGUGGCACCGCACCAUGCUGCCGGUCAAAGACCGCCUCACGCCAUUCGCGCCAUGCAUCAUCCGCCCGCACAACAUCAUAAUAUGCCACCGCCCCAAAGUCGUACGCUCCGUAGGCCCUACAUCAGCGGCGGAUACGGCGGCGUGCCCGGAUACGCGCCGCCGUCGCACGCGCACGCAGAACACACCGCUCACACCACACAUCAAACUCCUGGUCUGUGCAGGCCACCGUCUCCUAUUCGGGCGAUGCAGCCAAAGCUAAGUUCAGAUUUUGUUACGGCAAUGACAGCGACGGCAAGCGUGUCGGUGACCACCGAUCAGUCGAAGGAGGAGAGCGUGAGCGUAAGCGCAAGCGGAGCGGAUGCGAAAAGCGACGAGGAGCAGGCGGCGGGCGAGAGCGAGGCGCCCCGCCCGUCGCCUGCGCAGGCCAACAGUAAAGAGAAGACGCCCAUGUGCCUGGUCAACGAGUUGGCCAGGUACAAUAAGAUUAAGCAUCAAUAUCGCCUCACAUCAGAGACAGGACCCGCUCACAAAAAAAUAUUCACAGUAACACUUCGCUUGGGUGAUACUGAAGAAUACACCGCUGAGGGGUCCUCUAUAAAGCGAGCGCAGCACGCGGCAGCAAGUGCGGCCUUAAGUGGCACUCGCUUCCCGCCACCACCUCCAAGGGCCGCACCCACUCACGCUUCGCAUUCGCAUCAUCACAGGCAUGCUGGCGCAGUAAUGCCAACGGUAGAGCUAAACGCGCUGGCUAUGAAGCUGUGCAAGCCUGCUGUGUACACAUCGGUUCCACCAGUACCCGCCCCACGGCCCAGAGCUCGCCUGCCUCCACCCUAUCGCCUGCCCUUCUUGCCGCCUUAUCCUCACCCGCCAAGGCUGAUGGAGCCCGGACCGCAGCUGCUCUAUAGAAUUCGUGUGUGCGUGGGCGAUCGUGCGUGGUUGGGCGAGGGCAGUACGCCUCAAGCAGCCAGACAUGAUGCGGCUGCACGGGCCUUGGUCGAUCUUAGGCCUCAACAUCACGAAACACAACUACAACAUCCGGAUACACCUGGAGAAAGCGAAGCAGACCUUCUCAACUCGGAUGUGAAGUCCCCAGUCUCUUUGGUUCAUGAGUUGGCUCUCAAGAGGAAUCUCAACGUCACAUUUUCCGUAAAAUCGGAACGCGGACCGCCGCAUAUGAGGGUCUUCAUAACUAUUUGCAAAGUGGGCGAAAUGGAGACGGAGGGUGAGGGCAAUGGAAAGAAAGUGUCGAAGCGUCGCGCAGCUGAGAGGAUGCUAGAGGAGAUGCGCCGGCGUUGGCCCGCGGCUGCCUUACGCACAAGGCCCACCGUAGACAAGCGACGGCAUCCCCCGGCCAAGAAGAAGCCACGGAAUUUGAUUAAGGAAGGGGCCACGGGUGAUACAUCAGAGACAGGCGGUGGUGGUGGGGCCCCAGACAAUCCGAUCUCUAGAUUGGCGGUCGCAAGGCACGCUGUUAGGGCCCGAUCGCCCCAGUACCGCGUCUUGGAGGAACGCGGGGCCGCCAGAAGACGCGAGUUCCUGGUACAGUGUGAUGCCCCACCGCAUAGUGCCACGGGUCUGGGGCCCAAUAAGAAGACUGCGAAGCGACGGGCCGCACAUAAUGUACUUUUGGCGAUGGAAAUGGCGAAUGGCGGUGAACCGGGUUCAUUGACCUCUACAACUGACCCUACAGCCAACGGGGAAGUGAAACCUGCUACUGAUGUAAAACGGAAGGAUGAAACUAGUGGUGAUAUGCGGCAACCGGUACCAGGAGUUUUGAUGGUGGACUACCACGCCAGAUCUGGUCAACCAGUGCAGACCAAUGGAGUAAAAGCGAGCGAGAACAGCGCUUUAGGUGGAAGUGGUGGAAACACGCCUGGCGCUAAAGAUCAGCUGAUGUACCUGGCACAGCUCUUGGGCUUCACUGUACAAUUCUCUGACUUCCCAAAGCGCAAUCACGGCGAGUUCCUAUCUCUGGUGUCUCUGUCAACGGAGCCGCCCGUGAUGUGCCACGGGGGAGGGGCCUCCACUGCGCAUUCGCACGAGCAGUGCGCUCUGGCCGCCCUCCGCGCCCUCGCCGGCAUGGGGUUGGAUGCGCCUGCGCAGACUCCCACUGCACAAUUGCAGAAUAGCGGUAUAUCAAACGCCAAAAGCAACGCGAUCAACGGCAUGGCCGAGUGACCCACACCUGACCCUGCAAAUCGACCCACGCAAUAUUAACAUGUGAAUAUUCAGCAAAAGUAACUCAUUUCCAUAUAUUCACGAUUUUUGAUCUCGGGUCAAACUCAUUUUGACGUUGAAUGGAAUGGAAUCCUAUGUUAAGGUCAUUUGUCGUGUGGAACUGUAAAUCGCGUUCUGAGAGAUUUAUUUGAAUGGCUGGAAAUUUUUAAUAUAUUUUGGAAAUGUAUUCGGAUAAUAGAUAGUAGUAGAAGUAACUUUUGAGAUCUAGUAGCGAUUGAGUUUUUGAUACGAACAUACAAAUCUUUCUAUAUAUUACUAUAUGUGAGAUUUAAUUGUAUUAAUUAGAAAAAAUAUUAUUAAAAAACAGUGGAAUUUCGAUAACUAGAAUGACAAGACACGGAAAAAAUUGAGUUAACUAGUUUUUUUUAUAUAAUAAGGGGGCAAAGGAGCCUGCGGGACGCAGUAAUCGCAGCCCAUAGACCCCCAUUUUUAGUGGGUGCGUUGCCGGCCUUUAAGGGAGGAGUGCGCUCGAAUUUUGAAUUCUGGGAGGUCAUAUCUCUCAGGGAAGACCCCCGCCGGUAUUUGAUUCCACAGUUUGCUAAUUAUCAAAAGAAAAUGCCUUGUGAAACGGACUGUGGGUUUUCGACUUUAGAAGAACUUCGAGAUACAUUUGAUGAGUAUUUUUCGAUUUGUACAGGCGAAUUUGAAUAACACAUAAAAUAUAUAUAUUAUGUUCACAAAUUAAUUGCAUGUGUACAAAAACAAUACAUUAGAAGCCCCGAAUUCGAACUUUCUUUUUGGAUUUUAUUGCUAGUAUUUCGGGAACUAAGACUACACUACUAAGACUAAGUUACAAAUUUGAGUUAUAGAGUGAAUACUCUAUCUAUAUAUUGUAAUCAACAACUUAAUACUUCGUAGAUAAAUAAGUUGUUUGAGUAACCAAGUCAACAUAAUAUGAGAUACAGUUUAGCGGAAGAGAAUGGCAAUGUUUUUUGACUUAACGAAGUUCGAGUUAUCGAGAUUCCACUGUCAUUGCAUAGAUUGCGUAAUUGGUUUGGGUGUACAGUUUCAUGCGGACAUUUUGACACUCCAUUCUCGUUUUUACUAUUAUACAAUUGUGUAUUUAUUUUUCGAAUAAGUGAAUCUUUGUUAACUGAUUUCACGCCGUGGUUAAGGUGAAUCAAAAUAUAUUAGGAAUUAAUUAGUUAAAAUUCAGCCAAAGUGGCUCAGCGAGACGAUAGAUUAGGUAAUGUAGAUUAAAUCUCAGAGUGGUCACUUCGUAUACCUUGUCGUUUAGCGGGAAUUCAAGAGGUCAAAUCUUUUAAUAUACAUACGUUAAACGUCUAAUUUCAGCACUUGCGCCAACUAUCGAAUCUCUUUUUUAUAAAUUUUUCUCUUUCAUAUCAAUUAUCUCUGUAAAUUAUUAUUCUCUCUUUCUAAAAUUUGGUUCCGUGUCUAAGGAAACUGAUUUUUCAUUUAUUCUAUUCACAACUCUUUUUUCCUCUUCUGUUGAUUUAAACACUUUUGGUUUUAACUGAAGGCAUGUUACGUUUAAAAAUAAAAUAUGAAUAUAUUAAUUAAUUAAUUUAAUAAACUAAUUUGGUAAUAUUUGACCUUUGUUUGAGUUAAUAUUUUCUCUAAACGAAUUAAAUUGAACGAACUGAAUGGUGCUAAUUCUAAUACACUUCACCAAGAACUAUCAACUGAAGGAAAACAUUAAUUCUCGUUGCAAAUUUCGGACUUUCUCGAGAUCCGUGUUUUUUUCUCUUAUUCCUUUGUUUUAGAAGUAUAGGAUUUGAAUAGAAAUGUUUUUAAAACCCAUUUAGUCUUAAAUAAAUUCAAAUUCGAGAUGUAGCACUAAGUAUAACUUUAGCCAAAAACGUAUUGGAUUUGUGUUUUACAGUAAAAGACUUUGUAAAAAAAAUACAAACAUGUAUUUGCAUUACGUAUACGUACGUAAAUACGUUUCGGAUUUAAUUAUUGUUUAGUGAGUGAAUCAGAAUUAGCACUAGUGAAGUGUCCGCUCUGAAGGGGCGUGUUGCAUCAUGCGGCCAUGAUGACAUAGCUUACAUCGCCCCACUUCACGAUAUGGGCCUGUUUUCAUAGAACCGCUGUCACCCUGUCAGAAUGGGCGCGAAAUAUGACACACGUAUGUCAAAUCCAUAUAACAUACUUAGUACAUGCAUGUAACUUUUUUGUACUCAUACGCGAUUAAUAAUGGUUAAUACAUUUUUUUGUCUCGUUUAUCAUAAAAUAAUGCAUUGUGACUUUGAGAUAUUUUUUUGACUUGCUUAAAAUAGUUAAAAUUGCUCACAUAUGUCAGAUUAGGAUUUGAAGUAGACGAAUAUUUAAAUUUCAUGAAUAAUAUGGUACAUUAAAAUCACUUCAUUUUUCGCGUUUCCUAUCGAGUUAAAAUUAAAUUAAUUAAAACCCUAAAAACACGCAAAUAUAAUUAAUAGUUUCUAGCGAAUGAAUGCAUUUUUUGGUGUAUGCAUUUGUAUGAAAUGGGGCCCAUCGCAAAAUUCACCUUUCACCAAACGUGGAGUGGCGGCGAUUUGUUUGGCCUCGAUUUUUAUCUUUGACCCUACGCUAUGAAAUGUGUAAUUUUAGAUAUAAGUCCUUAAUAAACACUUAAUUUACGCCCCUCGUCUUAGGAGGCUUGGUCAAUCGUCAUUUCUGUAGGAUCGUCAAAGCGAGCGAUGAACUGUUGUUGUCUCGCUCUAGUUUUCCGAUGACUCACGAGAUUUUCGUACUUGUCACCUGGUAAUAAUGUCGAGUUUUGAUUGGACGAUUUUCCAAGCGAUUUGGAAUAAGGUAAAUGUUGCUUAACCGUAUGUGUAGCCAUUGCUGUUAUUGCUGUUUAGUGUGAACAGUGUAUUUGCGUAAAUAUGUGCUUUAUCAGUACAAUUGAUCGGUAAUGUUAUAGUUAUUUAUUUAGAUUUAAUGCUGUUAGCCCGAAGGGACCCGAUCUUUUGUAGGAUACCGAUUGUACAUUUCAUUGUAAUGGGUCCGAACGAUUUUUUAAUUUAAGCUCCGUUACGAAGAUUGUGCGACUUUAAAUCGAGGCCAUUGGUUCAAUUUCUUCAUGUUGAAUGUUGCACAAGUAACAAAGCAUAAAGAAAUUCAGUUGUUUUAUUUAACUGAGACGCCAUAGGGGCAUUUAUUAUUUAUUUUGUCCUAAGUGAUUAAUAUUUUAUAUACACCAGGAACAAGUCCCAAAUUAAUUUGCUGUUUCAUUAUUAAACAAAAUAAAUACGAAUAUAAUUACAA